AUGGCAAAUGCGGUCCAGUGCGUACAAUUGCAAAAGAGCGAAUUGUACAGGAUAAAUCCAGGUGUUGAUGUUCAAAAAUUUUAUCGACGACCAUUAGUGCCAUUUAUAUCGCCAGAAGUGCCGAAAUUAAGACUUUUGAGUAAUUUGAGCCAGGAGAAUGAAAACGAAACGAUUCAGAAUUCAGAAAAAUUCUCUCAUGCUCUACCAUCGAGAUUGGAAUAUGUUCAGGAUAGAGGAACUCAAACUGAUUACAGAGAGAGCGAGUGUCAAACUUCUCCCUGGGAACCGCCGUAUAAAAUCCUUCCAGGUCAUAAUCCAGAAGUACUGAAUUUAUCUCAUCUAACGUGGAAAAAUGGCCUGCCGGUUGGAAUGCACGAGAUUGAAAAUAUCAACAGAAUGAGAAAAAGAAGAGCCUGGGAAAAAAUUCUCCCACCAAUGGAUUCGGAAUCUAAUGUUAAAUUAAGAACAAAAAUUGUCGCAGCUCUAGAAGCGGACGAGUGGGCCUUUCGAGAAUCGGAGAUUGAAUUUAUAAUGAAGAUAAGAAUGGAUUUAGCUGAGAAGGCGAUGAGAAGUAGAAACGAUAAAUGGAACAAGAAGAAGAAGGAUCGUUUCUCGAGACUCGGAAGUAAUUUAGAAGAGAAACGUGAUAAGGAAAUUAGCAAAAUAAGACAAAAAUUUGGACGAGAAAUUCGUAAAUUAACAAUCAAGCAUCGCGAUCGAAUUGGAAGUCGCAAUCAGGAAUUUAUUAUAAGACAGCACGAGGAUCGUGUUAAUGAAUUAUUUCCUACACGGCAGAUACCUUUUGGAAUAAAGUCCCGAAGACGUCGCGAGGUCAUUAAAAAAUUUCCCCAACACGGAGAAAUAAUGGAGAUGAAGGAAAUCAGUUUCCCCACAAUUGAAGAAUUUUUUUCGAUAAAAUUAAAACGAAAAGAAGGAGAAUUGUGCGUUCGAGAGACAAAAUGGAACGAUGCAAAAUUAGAAGAACUCUAUAGAGAAUUGAAGAGAGUUCGUUUGAAUGUACAGCCGACAGAUACAAUUGAUACAAGGGAACAAAAACCAAAAGUUUUGCCACCGACGCCUGGAGUAACGGGAGACGACACAUCUUUGAAUAUUAAAAAUGAAUCUGCUACAUUAAUUCAAAAGACAAUUAGAGGAAGAGCUAUUCAAUAUAUGAUGUUCGAAGGACGAGAGAAGUGCAAGGAUUUAAUUAAAGAACUACAAAUGGCUUAUGCGAUUCAAGAUGAAGACAACAUACAAGAAAAUGAACCUGACAUUAUAAAUUUAUCACAAGAGGAAAAUUUAACUUCAUAUCAAGAAUCUAGAUUAAGAGAAAUUCUCUCUCCUUUAGAAGGAAUGCAAAUUUCUGGAAUGAUGGAUUUUUUGGGCAAGGAAUUGACGAAACUUGAAGAUGAGAGAAAAAUUCAUGCUUUUGCGUUGCUUGCUGAAAGAGAAAAGAUCAAAGGAGAAGCAAGUGACAGUGGACAAAGAGAAGAUGAAAUUCAACGUCGAAAGGAAUUGGAUCAACUUUUUCGACAAAUUGGAAAAGUCAAUCAAGACACUGUCGACGCUUUUCUUGAAGAUAUUGUAAAGGAAGCUAUUGAUUGGAUUUCUGAAAAGGAAGCGAAGGAAUACGUUUUGGCUUUAGCUGAUAAAAUAGACAGUGUCUCAAAAUACGCAGCCGAAAAUGCUGCCGAGAUAGACGAAGAGGAAAUGGUUUCAGACAUGGUUCAUAAUUUUAUUUUGCCAGAAGUUGAGAGGGAAAUUAUGAAGAAGAAAAUCCGAGUGAAGCAACAGGAAUAUUUGAAUAAUGCGCAUUCAUCUAUUUAUGACGAACUGUUAAAUUUGUCAUUAAGCGAGGAAUCUGAGCAUCAAAAGGAAAUUGAAACAUUAGACAUUAAUUUACCAACAACUUCGACUCGAUUGUCAUUCAGCGAGUCAAAAACAAAUACUAUUCACGAAGACUACAGAAUUAUAAUUGACACUAUAAUUGAUAAAAUAAUGUCUUACGUCAUCCCGAAUGAAAACGAAUUUACUAUUCGUGAGAUACUGAACGACGUAAUAGUGGAAAUCGUCGAGGAUAUACAAGAAAAAUUAAUAAACGAAACUUCAUUUUCUUCUUCUUCAAGUUUCACAGAUGACUAAACUAUAAAUAAAAACAUCUUGACAGGAUGAAUACACAGACUCCAUCAACAAAGGAACUGUCGCAAUCAUAACGAAAUAAAAAAUUUAAUUUUCAAUUUAAAUAUUUUAAUGUAUAUAACUGCUGACAAAUUACACAAAAAUGUUUGGAAUAAACAGAAAAUUUCAAAACAAAGAAAGUGUACCAAUUUUCUUUUACAAACAUGUAGUUUGAAAAUAAAAAUUCUCGAAUAUAUAAAAAUACCUAUUCAAUAAAAAUAUUUCUUAAAAAAAGUGUCUUCUCUACAAUUAGA